AGUAAGUAAAAUUGUGAUACACGAUUUCGUCGAAAAAAAAACCCCAUUCAUUCCGUACAAAAUCAGCCAAAUCACCAAAGUUUCAUUUCUUUGCAGAAAAUUAAUUUUUCAUUUAUAAAAGUGGUUUAAUCGUCAGUAAAUUAGUGAGAAACUGUUACAUUACCAUUGAAACAAUUCAGGCAAAAUGGUAGAUAAAUUCAUAAGCAUGUGGAAAGUGCGAGAACUCGCCGAUAAAGUAACCAAUGUCGUAAUGAACUACACGGAAAUUGAGGGGAAGGUACGUGAGGCCACAAAUGACGAACAAUGGGGUCCCACCGGUCAAAUAAUGCAGGAAUUAGCUCAUGCAACUUUCACCUAUGAACAUUUUCCCGAAGUUAUGUCAAUGUUGUGGAAACGAAUGUUACAAGACAAUAAAACAAAUUGGCGGAGAACGUACAAGAGUUUGCUGCUUCUUAACUAUUUGGUUCGAAAUGGUUCGGAACGAGUGGUGACAUCGUCCAGAGAACAUAUUUAUGAUUUACGGUCAUUGGAAAACUACACUUUUACAGACGAAAAUGGCAAAGAUCAGGGAAUCAAUGUCAGACAUAAGGUUCGUGAAUUAAUCGAUUUUAUUCAAGACGAUGAUAAACUGCGAGAGGAGCGUAAAAAGGCGAAGAAAAACAAGGACAAAUAUAUCGGAAUGAGUGCGGAUGCAAUGGGAAUGCGUAUGGGUGGUUCAACUGGUUCUUACAAUGAUAAUUGGGACUCGAGUCGGCGAUCCGGUGGUGCCGAUCGAUCCGGUGGCGAUCGACACGGUGACAGAAAUUGGUAUUCGGAAAACAGAUCGAGAGGUGAUUACGAGGACGAUUAUCAGUACGAUGGCGAGCGUGAAGAUUCCGAUGUUGAAUCAUCGGAACCGCCUACAUCAGCCAGACGAUAUCGAGAUAAGGACCGAUCAUCGCCCGUCAGCAGCUCAUACUCCAAUACGGAUAGGAAACCGCAAUCAACGAUCAAUGUUACAGUGAAUCCGAAAAAUCCGGUUAUUACCAAAGCGCCUCUGCCAAAGUCAGCGAAAAAAAUUGACAUGGGAGCCGCAACGAAUUUUGGUAAAAGUGAUUUGGGAAUCAAUUCGCCCACCCAUCGUAACACCCAUGCCGAAGAAGACCUCUUUUCCGCGGAUAGUACGCCCAGCAAUAACAACAACAAUACUAAGCCAACGGAGAAUAUGUUCAAAACGUGUUCGCCAUCGCCGACAAAUAUCAAAAAUGACAACCGAAACGAGUUGGAUUUCAAUCCGCGCGAAGACGAAAACGAAUUUGGCGACUUUGCUAGUGCAUUCGGUUCGGUGACGCUCAAAGACGAUGUACCUAAAGAUGAUUUCGCUGAUUUUAGUAAUGUUUUCGCACAACCCGCGGCUCCAACCUCAAACAAUGCCAAUAAUUUACUACUUGAUCCAUCGCCAAUGUCAAUGUUUGGUCAAUUUACAAAUAAUCCAGUUAAUUUGAUGUCACCUUCCACUUUAUAUCAACCGCAACCACAACAACAACAACCUCAACCGGCGUCUGAUUUAUUAUCAGAUUUUGGUGGAUUAACAUUCAAUGCUCCAGUUAGUAACGCGCUCAACAACGAUUCAAUUCAACCAAAAACACCACAAGACACCGACAUCGGUAUACACUCAAAACUACGGAACAUUUUACGAAAUAUUCAAACAGCAACAGCGCUACGCUCAACCAACGACAUGCAACGAUUCGAACAACUGAUGGUGGAUUUUAUUAAUCAACAUCCCGGUUCAUUGACGCCGGAAAAAGUGAUGCGAAUCGAUGAAGCCAUUUACGUAGAUUGGAAGUCAAUUGCUGUCAACGAGUAUUCACAGUGCCUUGAGGCUGUACUGCAUCGAGUCGAUAGAAACUGGCCGAAUGUUGUUGGCGGGCCGAGCGUUUUUCAACAGCUGUUUACUGUUGACUGUAAUGCAGAGUUUGUUAUGGAAAGUGUGACGACUCUGGCAACAAAUUUGUCGAAAAACUGUGCAGUUCUGUUGCAUGUACUUUCGAACAUAAUCAACAGUGAAACAGCAUUGUUUACAACAUUCCUGGAUCUGAGCUACAACGACGAUGGAUUGAGUGAAACGAACAAAAAUUUGUUGGAGAAACGCUGCGAAGAUUUUAUUCAGAUAUUGGUUAGCCUGCCGAGUCGGGUAGCUAAUGAAAUGAGGCAGUUAACACCUGACGAAUUCUUAACCGAUGGCUUUAGCAGAAUCGUUCUGUCUCACAUUUUGAAAACCGUAUCAUUUGCAUGUAAUGUAAAUUCGAUGGAGGCGCGACCCGUGUUCAAUGGUACCUUCAUUACGAAAUUGUUGAGCAAAGUCAUCACGAAUUUCCACAUGGAACGAACAUCGAAACCAAUUGUGCAAACCAUCAAAGCCUUAGCGUCGUUGAGUAACCAGUCCCCUGUGAUGAUGCAAUUUGUCAGCGAAACAUUUAUUGGUUUAAGUCGACAAGCUAUCGACAUCAUUGCAGUGUUCAUUCUAAAGCACAUUCCCAACGUUCAACGAAUACUGGGUCCGAAUGCAAUUUCAAGAUCCGCUAACUGGAAGCAAUGUCUUCUGGUGACCAUUCCGUUUCUGAAUUUCUUUCGUGAUCCAAACAUUUGCAUUAAUUUCGUUCGUUAUUUGUGUGAUGUCGAUGAGGCGCAGUUGAUGGACACGCUUCUGUUGGAAUUGGUGUCAACAUGGGCGAGUAAAAUAUCCAUUUGUAGAACAUCAAUCGACCAGCAUAUUUACCUAUCGUCACUGAUUCUGUUGAUUGUGCAUUCCAAAAAGCGGUCCGAUGAAACUAAAUUCAAGGAAAUUUUGUUCCGCGGUGUACAGCAACACAUUGACAGUCAGAAUAGUUCUAUACGAUGUAUUGGAAUGAUAUUGACCGAAUUGGUGCUGAAUAAAAUCGAUUCAUUUGCGGCGGAGGAGAAGCUUCAAUUUGAUUAUACGGCCUUCGACUCACAUGACAAAGAGAUCAUCGCUGAUUUAAACCGACUUUGUGGUUUGUAUGACAAUCAGCAGUCGUCAGAAGAUGUUUUCGACGACGAAGAGAUAAUUAUUCAACGAAAACCGGAACAACUGAUACGUCCUCAGUCGAAUCAGAUCCUUAAAGUAAAUGAGGAACUUGAUUCGGACGAUGAUUUAGAAUCUUAUGACAUGUCGAACGAUGUACCCGUUGUGCUCGACAAAGCGCCAAAGUAUUUGCAAGACUUGAAAGAAUUGAUUUGUGAGACGGACGAUCCGAAUAUUUUCGCAUCCUGUCUUGAAAAUGGGCGAGACUUAAUACUUGAGCAGCUUCCCAACGAUGAUGCUUUACUAGGUCUGGAUCUUUUACGAAUUUUGAUUGGUUUAGACCAGAAAUUUUAUAUGACAAAUUUCGAAGAGCAUCGGCUGUCUAGCUGCGUAGCAAUUUGCACAGUUUAUCCCAAAGAAUGCGUUGAGUACAUUUGUGGCGAAUUUAAUUCGGAAGUGGGGCGAUACUCACUUGCGAAUAAGAUUUUAAUGUUGGAGAUUAUUGCCGAAAGUGCCAAAGAAUUGUCGUCGCUUGAAACAGCCAGCAGUAAACUUCAAACCAAAACCAAAUCCUCCGACAAUCAUGUCAAAAAAUUGUCUAAUCCACUCGAAGAUGUCAAAAUCAAGGAAACGGAAAGAAUUAUUCGUGAUCGGAUUGAGAAGAAAUCGAAAAGAUUUGCAACAAAAUCAACGCACCUGUUAAAGCAUGCCCAACAAAAUCGAUUCGCCCCAUUCGCUGGGAACUUUUUCUACUCGCUGCUACACGGUUUUGGUAAACAUCAACUUACGUUAACUUCAUCGAAGUCACUAAAACACGACAUCGACAACAUUCUUCUGAUUAACUUUUUGCAAACGCUUACAACGAUCGUACUGGCUGCGCGUAACUGCAUCAUCGUAACGAAAUUUGCUAAGGACAUUUUGCUGAUGUGCUCCAUGUUACGAUUCAAUGAUGAAGCAAAAAUUCGAUUGGUUGUGCUGCAAAUGUAUGCAUCAGUUUUGAUAACCGUUCCAAGGUGGUCGUUGCACAGUGAAUUUUUCGACGAUUUGUGCGAAAUGAAAGUGUGGCUGGAGGCGUGCUGUCAAUUUAAUGUUAUCAAAAGGGAACAGAACGACGAGUGUAGAGAGAUGGCCGAACAUGUUCUUGUUCUUUGUUUAAAUGUGUUGAGCACCAAUUAGAAAUGUAGAUUUUUAGUAUUUUCUCAGUAUUUUUGAUAAAUAAAACGCGUUGCCAUGACAA